UAAGCCAAAGAGUUUUGCCGUUGAUCUCAGCGGGAAUUUAUAUGUUGCUGACCAUCGUAACUAUGCAUUCGGAAGAUCACCAAAUCAGGUGUGACCACGAUCGCUGGGGGUUAUUCACAAAAGGCUGGCCAUGCUGAUGGACCUGCUCGUGAUGCAUCAUUUUCUGAUAAUUUUGAGUUGGCCUUUAUCGCUGAAAUGUGUGCUUUGCUGAUAUCUGACCAUGGCAACAGAUUAGUUCGUCAAAUAAGUUUGAGACCAGAAGAUUGUAGCAGGCAGUCUGGCUCUGUUCUGGGAACCACCUCUGCCUGGCUUCUUGGUAUGGGACUCUGCAGCGUGAUCAGCCUUGCUGUUGGCCUUGUCAUCCGCCCAUAUGUUAUUCCAUAUACAGGAAGGCGUCAGACGUUAUCAGCUCCCUUGGACAUGGACACAUUGCCAAAUGAGUCUGGAGAGACAAGUACUGAUGCUCUGCUCAGACUUGAGAAGCGCAGUUGUUAAAUCUACAGUAUAUUUGCGCGGUCAACAGAUCAUUUGCUCACCCUCUCGCACUUAUCCCUCAUGUUUAGGUGUAUGCCAUUAGAGUCUCGUUCUAGUUCUGGAAAAAAAGUGUCUUUGUUGGACAUGGAUGAAGUAUGUAGUAGUAGUAGCAGUAGCAGUAGUAGUAGUAAUGCAGUCAUCUCACAGCAGGUGGCAGAUCAACUGAAAGAUCUGCUCACUUUUGACAAAGGGCUUUUGAUGGCACCCGUGAAUACCGAUGAAACGGCAGAGCCAGA